AUGGAAGCUGAAUCUCAAGCGUCCGCGAUAAUUCCUCUUGCCUUGCCCAAAGGAGCGGAAAAGUUCUGCGAGCUUUGCCAAAGAGAAGCCCGCCUGCAAUGUAGCAAGUGUCGAGUCACUUUUUACUGUGCUGCAGAGCACCAGCAGGCUGACUGGGUGGGGAUCCACAAGAGAAUUUGUCAGCUGCUUGUUCCCAUCCGCGCCCUGACACUCCGCAGUCUCCAACAGACCAGUCACACUGAAACACAAAUUAAAAAGGCAGAGCUUAUUGAGAUUUGCAGGUUGGUGGCUCAAAGUAAGCUAUCUGAGGGAAAACACCAAGAGGCUCUGCCUGCUGCUCAGCUCUGCCUGCGCUGUUCCAUAGACGUUCAUGGCCCUAACACCGUCCAGCUGGUCCCUGCCUACCUGCUGCUGGCUGAAGCCAACAUGGGUUUGGGUAAUCUAGACCUUGUGGCAGAUUUCCUGUCCCAGGCAGAGUGGGCAGUGUUGAAGAGUCCAAAAUGUGGUCUCACAAUCCACCACCAGCUCCACAGGAGCCUGGGCCGCCUCCAUGUGGCGACUGGAGACCUGGAGACUGCGUUGCAUAACUUUGCAAAUGAUAUCUACUUUGCUACUGAGGAGUAUGGUCUGGAUAGCACAGUCACCUCUCGGGGCUACUUUCUCAUGGCUGAUGUGUUUACCAAGCAGGGGAAGAUGCCCACUGUUCGUUCCUUGUACUCUGAGGUGGCACGUAUUUGGCACCGUCACCUGACCAGACUUCUCGAGACUCGCAAAGAAAGCAUCCAAAAUCCACCGGUGGACUCCUUUUAUGACAAAGCCGAGCGAGUUGAAGUGGAUGAGAUGUUGAGAACUAUGUUGGAGUUUGAGCAGAAAGACACCAGAAAAGACCCAGCACGGAUUGCAGUGGUGGCCCACUGCCUGGCCAUGUUGUCGUUCCUAGGAGGAGACUUCCUCAAGGCGCAGGGAUUUGGCAGCACAGCCUUGCAGGCCAGCCAGCUGAUACCAGACCAUGACCUGACAGAGCCCAUCCAGGCCCUGCUGCAACUUGUGAAGAUACUCCACACAGUCCCACAUCCUGGCUCUGCGGAGUCACAGUACUAAGCCCUGCCCAUCGC